AUGAGUGCACAGGAGACGCGUCGCCGGCCAGGCCCGCUCGUCCAGACUUCCCACGACCCGACUUUCGAUGCACGCGUCUCACCGGAGGGCAGCGACAUGUGGGCUCCCGUGGGUAGAGGAUUCGCGGAGACUACGAAUGAAGCGGCUGCGAAGGCUCUGGCGAAGUUCUAUGCGGAACAGGCGCGAGAUGGAGGCGAGACGGAGAGUGUGGUGCAGACGAGGGUGGAUGAGAAUGGUCGGACGGUGUACAGGGUCAAACCCAUCGCCGACUCGCCAAUCUCGCCUUCCUCCUCCUCAUCCGCCACCUCCUCGCACAUACCCUUCGCCCGGCCAUCUCAUCAGCCUAUGCCUGCCGCAACACGCCCGAAGAUUGCGCUCUACCGCAGCUCACUCCGCCAGUCCCGCUCGAUCCCCGCCCUCCGCUCGACACCGCUCGAGGCGGAACCUUCUCCUUCUCCCGCCUUGCUCAGUCCGACCGCCGCCGCGUUUCACACCGCACAGACAAGUGCGGCGAAUACGAAUCGCCUACGACGGAUCGGUAGCUCGCCAACCCUGAACUCGACGCCUGCGUUCGUGCAGCAGUCCUCACACGACAAUCGAGACAGCUCGCGGUCGUCUUCGUACGAAGGGGACGUACUCGGUCGUAUUUUGGGCUGGCGGGAAGACGUGACGCUCCAGCAGCAUGCGGGGCUGAAGACGGGUACGGCGACGAAGAGCCGGAGGGAAGGGACGGCCAGGGUUGGGUUGCCCGACUUGUUCAGACGGAAGGGGAGUGCCGCGACGGGCAGUAGCGGCGGCAAGAGGGGGAGAAAGGGUAGCGCGCUGAGCACAGCAGAGACGGACACGACGGACCUCCCUGACGAUCUAGUAGUCGAGGAACUCGACACCGCUUUCGACGCAACUCGCCUCGACCAUCCGCUCGCCUCGCCGCCAAAACGACCGUCUUUCGCUCGCGGUCCGUUCGGAACGGGCGUACGCAUCCCGCGAGCCGUCUCUCAGGUCCCGCUCGGCGGUGCGUUGUGGACGACUCAAGGCGAAGCGAGCUCACCGCGUCCACCGCACCCGAUGCGCGAGGUGGCGUCGAACGACUCGAUCCGGACUGCUCGAGCGGACGACGCCCUGCCUCAGAGUCAGCCGUCCGCACCUCGACUGCGCUACCAAGAUCCGACCGUCUUCGAUGUCUUCCACCGCCCCGCCGGCUUGUCCAGUCCGCCUCUUCCGCCCGCCGACCUUCCUCACAACAUCCCCUUCGGCCACCACGGCCGACUGCCUUCCUCGGCUUCUCUCGCAUCGGCGCGCUCGAGCGGCUCGCAUGCGUCCGGCCAGCAGAUCACAGUCGUUCCUGCGGCGGGAGACGACCCUCGCUUCGUGAUUUGGGGGCUCAAGAACGGCUCGCGACAACCCGUCAUCCCGACCUCGCCCCCGACAACGAGCUCGCGGCGAGGCUCAGCUGCACCGCCAGUAACGCCAGGCAAGAGUGUUCGUCGCGAUAGUGCGGCCGACGGCGCAAGGGACCAGGUUGGCAGUCCCGCCUCGAGCGUGACGGGCAGUCCGGCUCCGAGCGCGCGCCGCUGGAGCAUCAGCCAGCGCGGCUCAGGUCCCGUCAGCUCGCCCGCGACAAGCGUUCGCGACUCGGUCGGCUCAGCGAAGAAUACGCCUUUGCCGCCGUCUCCCUCCGCCCAACGAGUCCUGAUGGCCGCAUCCGUCGAACGGCUCGUCGCCGAGUUGACCUCGCAAAUCUCCAGCGACCUCUUGACCGACUUCUUCCUCACGUUCCGCCACUUCAUCGCGCCUGUCGACCUCCUGCACCUCCUCAUCUCCCGCUUCGACUGGGCGAUGAAGCCCUCCACGCAGCCGCAAGAAGACGACGCCCUUCGACGAGUCGUCCGCGUCCGCACCUUCGUCGUGAUCCGCUACUGGCUCCUCAACCACUUCAUGGACGACUUCUUCCCCUCUCGCGAACUGCGGACGACCUUGACGGUCUGGCUGAACAACGCGGCGAGGGAUGAGCGAUUCAGGUCCAGCCCGAAGGACGCAAGGCUCAUUAAGGGUCUGAAGAAGACGGCGCGCAAGUGCAAGGAGGCGUACAUCCUCGGCGCAACUUCAGCGGCGGUGGCGACAAGCGGAACGAGUCCUGCCCUCGGCGCACCGGAAGACGAGCUCGACCUCGAUCUGGCAAGCGUACCGGUCAACGGGACCUCUACAGCUCGACCUCACGACCUCGGCAGUCGAACGAAGACUCGCCUUUUCGCCACCUCGUCGCCGUCUUCCCCUCCUCGCCUACACAGCUCGGUCAACGCGCCCUUCCCGCUUCCCGACUCGACCUCGCAGCAGAAUCCGAUCGCCCGCAGCUUCUCCUCCGCCAUCGGCUCAAUCGGUCGAAUCAAGCGCAAGCUAGGCGCGGCUACCAAGGGGCAGACUGCGCAUGAGCACAGCGGCUCGCGGAAGGGCUUCGAGAUGACGGACAGCGCGGAAGGCGACCUCCUCCGGAUCGAGGGCGGGCUGGAAAAGUACCUCGAGUACUGGGAUAUCAAGCGCGAGUUGGACGCAGUCGUCGACGAUCAGGAGGUCACGCCCACGCUCACAAGCAACGCCUCGACGUUCGAGACGGACGAGAUCGCUUCGCCAGAGCCGGAUGUCGUGCACGACCCCGAGCAGUGUCCUCCUGCGGUCGUAGUCGACCAGUCUUCCGGCCUUGGCCUCGGCAUCGCCGGCGUCGACGAACCCGUUCCCAUCGCCUCAACCGACUACGCCUUCCCGGCCAAGCCUACCCCCGUACCCAUCUCCGCCGAACCCUCGUACAGCGCCGACUCGACAACCACGCUGCCGGCCCCGCUUCCGUCCACAACUCCCGGCUUUAUCCUCAGGCCCGGCGCAUUUGGCCACGUUGCCAGCUUCGACCGCCGCGAGUCCGUUCGCAUCGAACUGGACGACCUCGACGACUCGGAUGAAGACGAAGACGUGAUCGAGGCGAAGCGGACUCUGAAGCGGUUGCCAGCGGCGCAAGAUCUGCGCUUCGUCGCCGACGGAUCGCUUGUCCAUGCGCAGCUCCCGCUUCGACAGUCCAUCGACUCGGAGACGAGUGAUCUCUUGCGGCGAAGCACACGAGGUCCCGCCCCUUUUGACUGGACGCGGGACGACCAGCCGCGAGAAUCGGUUCUCUUCGUCGACGACGAAGAAGGCGUCGAGCCAGGCGUCGCCACCGUGCCCAACUUCAUCCUCGAAGGUCUCGUCGACUCGGACGACGAAGAGCCCGGCGACGUCGAGGCUGCCUUGCGAAGGCUCGAGGGUUUGGUCGACGACACGAAGGAGCAGGAGAAGGCGAGGCGCGUCGCAAUGCAGAUGGAGAAGAGCUCGAAGCUUUCGAAGCUUGAGGAGGAGCGACGCAGGCUUGUCGAGGCAGGCGAGGUGGAGGAUAGCGUCGAGAUGGACGUUGAUGCGGGUGCGCCUCUCGUCACGCCUGCGCACGACGAUGUCGUUGCUUCUGCCGCUAGACUGCCCGACACACUCGACCUUCCGCCGCCCUCUUCGACCGCGCCAGCAGAAUCUCGUUGCGUCGAGACAAUCGCGAGUCCGCGGGCCGACCAAGCGCUCCCUUCGGCUCCCUCGACCAAACUUACGCCUCAGCUUGUCGCGCCCGAACCACCUACGUUCCGCAAGCCGUCCAUCAGCCGCAUCUUCCGACCUUUUUCGACUCGACCUGCCUUGCGACCGACGCCAUCCGUCGCUCCCGCCCAUCGCUCCUUCAUCCUCUUCUGCAAGGCCGAGACGCUUGCUCAGCAGUUCGCGCUCAUCGAGCGCGACAUGUUGCGCAUGCUCAGCUACACCGAGCUGGCAAGCGGGAGUUGGCAGGACCGGAUCGGCGAAACGGACGUCCAUGACUGGGAGGUGUACGUCAAGGAGCGUCGGAGGGCGGACUUGGUCGCGAAGGAGAAGGGCACGCAGCCCUCGAGCGCCGUGCAGGACGUGAUUGCGCGGUUCAACCUGACGGCGAACUGGGUCUGCUCCGAGAUCCUCCUCACCGCCAGCAUCGAUGAGCGCGCUAUUCUGCUCGCCAAGUUCAUCCGCCUCGCCUUUAAAUGCUACUGCAUGUCCAACUUCCAGACCCUCACGCAGAUCGUGCACGGACUGCAGAUCCCCGACGUCGAGCGCUUGCGCAAGACCUGGGCCAAGGUGCCGUCCUGGGAGAUGCGCAAGUUCCGCGGCAUGCAGGUCUUUGUCUCGCACCUCAAGAACUUCAAGUACUUGCGCGCCGUCAUGAACGCGCUUGUCGCGACCGAAGCUGGUCUGCCGGCCGCUCGCUCGGGUUCUUUCGACUCGACCACCGCAGCAGCUGCAAAAGGCUGCAUCCCCUUCCUCGGCAUCUUCCUCCGCGACCUCGCCCUCAACGCCGAGCUUCCGACCUUCCUCGACCCGACCGAGCCCGACAUUCCCGCUGAAGUCGAUGCUGCCGGUUCGCUCGUCUCGCUCGCCGACCCCUCUGCCUUCGAAGAACUCCCUCCGCUGCCGCCGUCCAUCUCGCUCGCCCCGCUGGUCAACGUCCACAAGUUCCGCGUCCUCGCUAGUACCGUCCGACAGGUCGUCGCCUUCCAAGAUCUCGCGAACCGGUACACGUUCGAACCGACACCGAGCGUGUUUUUCAAGUGCCUCAAGAUCCGGUCGCUCAAGCAAGACGUCAUGCACGCGCUGUCGCGCAAGCUCGAGGCGUGA